CUCUAUCUGUGAAAAACUUUGAUUUGUGACCCUAAACUUCUUCUUCGGUCACCAUCCAUCCGAAACCCAAACCUUGACAGAGAGAAAAUGGCGGGUCAAGGGGGGAGUGGGGUUUCGCGAAAUGGCCCUUACCUUUUUAAUUUUUUUUUUGUAUUUCCCGCUUAAAAAUUGCCCUAACUCCGCCAUGGAGUCGUAAUCGUAAGCAAACGAUUGUUGAUCUCGUCGUCGUCGUCGACGAAGUUUCCUAGGGUUUCAAUUUCUUUACCCAUUUUUGGUUACUGUUGAUGGGAUCUAUAAAUGGUUGUAGGGUUCGUUGCUCUCCGUCUUCGUCGAUGGCUGGAUGGUCGAUGGUAGCAGGAGACGAAGACUACGACGGCGACGGCGACGAUCUCUGCAAAACUCCGAGGAGUUUCGACCUGAACAAGUCCCCCGAAGCCGUCUCUCACUCAGAUUCGAUCGACGAACUCGUCUCCUCGUUCCGACGCUUACUCGAAUCAUUCGUCGUCGAGUAUUGUCCUCCGCCGCCUCUCCCUCCGGCGACCGUCGAUCUGUUCAGCCUCUUCGUCGGCGUGAGUCACAGAGGCGGUUUAAAAGCCGUUUCCGAGAAUAAUAAUGCUGCGACGGCUUGGGACGAAGUCGGUCGCGAGUGUGGAUUAGGGUUUGGCGACUCUGCGAAAUUGAUUUAUGUCAAGUAUCUCGCCGCACUUGCUCGAUGGUUGAACAGAGAUACUAGCGUGGAGUUGCCUGGGAUCUCGGAUGAUCUGAUUGGUAGGCUUAGAGAUUUCGUGUCUCGAGUGAAGAGGAAGUAUGAGUUGAGUAAUGAUGGUACAGAGGAGGUAGGAGCAGAGUUCAAAUGGUUUAUUUCGAAAACUAAGAGAAGAUAUGAUGAGUCUGUGAAGACAAGUGAGAAAGUUGUGAUGCUUGUUUCUGGUAGUAAUAAUAAGGAUUGUUCUUCGCCUGGGAAGAGGAAACGGGAGUGUUCUUUGGAGACUUUGAGAUGGUUAAGGGAGGCUGCUAAGGAUCCGUGUGACAUGUCUGUUGGUUCUUUGCCGGAUAGAUCAAAGUGGGAUUCUUAUGCAAGUGAAGAGCCGUGGAGACAGCUUCUUCUGUUUAGGGCUUCGAGAACAAACACUGAUCCGUCUUGUCAGAAGAUUUGGCAGAAAAUCCAGAAGAUGCAUCCGUCACUGUAUCAGGAUAGUGCUGGGCCUAGUUACAAUCUAAGAGAGAGACUCAGUUUGGAUGAGAGUCGGUUUAACGAGAGGAAAGCUGGGAAAGGCAAGAUAUCUUCUGAGGAUGGCUCGGGUUCAGAGGGUUCAGAUGAGGAGUAUGACGAGUCAUGGGCUCUAGUUGGCUCAGAGUUUCAAGCUGAAGUACCUGAGUGGACCGGCAUCACCACUGAGAGCGAUUCAAAGUGGCUGGGCACUCUGAUGUGGCCACUUAACAAAGAACAAAACAACAAUAAUCUUCUUAUCGAAAGAGACCCUAUUGGAAAAGGAAGACAAGAUCCUUGUGGCUGCCAAAAUCCAGGCUCUGUUGAAUGUGUCAGAUUUCAUAUCAAGAUAAAACAGGAGAAACUGAAACUCGAACUUGGCUCAGCUUUCUACAUGUGGUGUUUUGAUACAAUGGGUGAAGGUAAUCUGCAGUACUGGACAGACUUAGAGCUGAAGAAGGUCGUGUCUUUGAUGCCUUCUCCACCUACGCUUAUCCCGUCUUUCUUCGGGGAGCUCAAGAUUGCUCUUCCUUCGAAGAGCAGAGGAAAGAUUGUGAGCUACUUCUACAACGUGACGCUUUUGCAGUUUAGAGCAAAUCAGAGUAGAAUGACUCCUGAUGAGAUAGACAGUGAUACUGAUACACAAUACAGGCUUGCAACAGCGAGUGAGGAUCCAACCCUGGAAGCAAACACAUCUCAGAAACCCGUCCUGCUUACACCUAAGAAAAAAAGGCGUCGAUAGAGAGAGGUAGUAGUAGCCUUGAUGAAUGGGUCACCCUGUUGGGUUCUUAAGCUGGAGCGUCCAAUUUUUCUUUUCUUUCCAUCUCCUAUAUUGCCACUGAAACUGCUUACAAAACUCUGGGAGGAGAAAGGGUUUUAGUAUUGAGGUAAAUACUUCCAUCACUCUCACUCUUUUUGAUGAUUCUACCUGAGUAUUCUUUCUUUUGGUUUUAAACGACUGAUGAAUCAGAGAAGAGGUUUCUCCCAAAUACAAGUACAGUAAAAUUUUCGGAUUAUAUUGGUGAAUACAACAGAGGCAAAAUUUCAUUGCUA